UGCUCUCGAAGAUCUUGGCGGCAAGAAAAACCGAAGAAGAAGGAGCGUGCCCAGUGGUCAACAAGAAGACAUGGGUGUUCACGGCCUCUGGGAACUCCUCGCCCCCGUCGGCCGUCGCGUCUCCGUCGAAACCCUAGCCGGCAAGAAACUCGCAAUUGAUGCGAGCAUAUGGAUGAUUCAGUUUAUGAAGGCGAUGCGAGACGAAAAAGGAGAGAUGGUGAGGAACGCUCACAUCUUGGGCUUCUUUCGCCGAAUCUGCAAGCUACUCUUUCUCCGCACCAAGCCCGUAUUUGUCUUUGACGGUGGCACGCCAGCUCUCAAGCGCCGAACCGUCGUCGCGCGUCGCCGGCAGCGAGAGAAUGCACAGACCAAGAUUCGUAAAACUGCCGAGAAAUUGCUCCUCAACCACCUCAAGGCAAUGAGGUUGAAAGAACUGGCCGAUGAUCUUGAGAAACAGAGACGGGAAAAUGAUGCCAAGGGUAAAAAAGUCAUUAUGGAUCAGUCAGACAUAGGGGGGAAUAAUUUGGAAGGAAAUGCCAAGGAUAAAAAGGUAAUUAUGGAUCAGUCAGACAUGGGGGGAAAUAAUUUGGAAGGAAACGAUUCUGCAUUGGGAAGUUACAACCAGGAAGCUCUAGAUGAAAUGUUGGCAGCGUCCCUAGCAGCGGAGGAAGACGGGAGCUUUCCUGCCAGUGCAUCAACCUCUUGGGCAGGGAUACCUGCUGAAGAAGAGGAUGAUGGUGAAGAUGAAGAGAUGAUACUUCCAACAAUGCAUGGAAAAGUUGAUCCUGCUGUGUUAGCCGCUUUACCUCCAUCCAUGCAACUCGAUCUUCUUGGUCAGAUGAGAGAGAGGUUGAUGGCGGAGAACAGACAGAAGUAUCAGAAAGUCAAGCAGGCCCCUGCAAAAUUUUCAGAACUGCAAAUACAGUCCUAUCUUAAAACUGUUGCAUUCCGUCGGGAGAUAGAUGAAGUGCAGAAAUCUGCUGCUGGUAGGGGAGUAGGUGGUGUACAGACUUCGCGGAUAGCUUCUGAAUCCAACAGAGAAUUUAUUUUUUCAUCAUCUUUUACUGGGGAUAAACAGGUGCUUACAUCUGCUGGAGUAGAGAGUAGUAGUGAUAAGCAACAUCAGACUCCAACAGGCAAUCAUUCUUCAGAUUCUCGGGACAGAGUUGCAUCUACUAACAAGUCCAAUGCUGCAACUGGGCCCGUUGUGGAUGAACCUAGAAGGGAAUUUGAUGAUGGUGUGGAGACUUAUUUGGAUGAGAGUGGUCGCCUUCGAGUCAGUAGAGUGAGAGCUAUGGGAAUUCGCAUGACCCGAGAUUUGCAGAGGAAUUUGGAUUUAAUAAAAGAGGUCGAGCAGGAGAAAAUGAGUGCUAAUAAGAUUGUAAAUGAUGAGCUUAUCCGCAAUAAAAAUAAUUCUGGUGCCCCAAGAAGAUUUCCCAGUAAAAUACAGUUUGUAGAAACUUCAAAUCACGGCAACGAUGGAAAUGUUUGCUUAAAUGACAGAAACGAAGGGUCCAUGUCUAAAACGAGAACUUCUAUAGAGAUAUCAUUUGAAGAUGCUAGUGAGCACAAAUCUUCAGAUGGUGAUGACGAUUUAUUUGCUCGUUUAGUGGCUGGAGAUCAUAUUUCUCUUGCUGGAGAUACUUCCUCAAAGAAACUAUCUAAUGACUCUGCUUCAGAUUGUGACUGGGAGGAAGGAGUCGCUGGAGAGAGAGAUAAUAAUUUCACUCUUGAUCUUAAAGUGGAAAAUAACCUAGCUCUUGCAGAAGAAGGCAUUAAUGAUGAGAGUGAAGUUGAAUGGGAAGAAGGACUUUCUGAUGUUCCUAAACGCGCUACCCCUGGUCCAGCUGAAAAUACAGAAACUGUCUCAAAAGGUGUUUUGGAAGAAGAAGCUGAUUUCCAGGAAGCAAUUAGGAGAAGUCUUGACGAUUUAAAUGGUCAAAAAUCUAUUGAUGUCUCAUCCGAAGACGAUAAAUUUCAAGGAGCUAGAGAAAUGACUAAUGAGGGCACAAGUAAUAUGCCCCUUUAUAAAGAAAAUGAUAGGGGUGAGGCAACUAUUGCUUUGCAGAAUGCUGUGCAACCAAAUGAAUCAUCUUGUGAAAUUGUGGCUGGAGUUGAAGGGCCGGGUAUUGUUGGUGAAAUUAAUACAUUGAAGACCAAUAAUUUUUCAGGGAGGCAGUUGGCACUAUCAAUUGCUGUUAAUCCUGAUAAUGUGGAUGUAGUGAUAGAUAAACCAUUGGAAAGGUACUUGGAUUCCCACCCUGAACGUUUAAGGCAAGAUGCAUGUGCAAGUGGAAAUUUGCUUAGAGAAAUGGGACCUAUGAAAUCAGUUACUCCUAUUAAAGAGAAAGGGGUCCACUUGGUUGCUGAGCAACUCUUGGAUACUUCUAUUUCUGAUUCUGUAUUGGUUGACGUGCCUGAUAUAGUUCUUGCUGAUGUUAAACAAAAUGAUUUGGAAGCUGCACGGCAUGACCAGUCAAAUGAGAUGACAGAACGAGGAAAAUCUUCUGUUAAGGAAUCAAGAGCUGACAUUGAUGCUGUGCAAAAAUUGGCGGAGAACCAAAGUCAUGGUGCUUUUUACAAGAAAAAUGAUGACAGCAUUGACAUAUCUGCAUUUAAGGACAACAAGGAGCAGGUUGAUGUUACAGAGGCUAGUUUGGAGGAAGAAAUGCUGAUUUUAGGUAAAGAACGUGUAGAUCUAGCGGAGGAACAGAGGAAACUUGAACGUAAUAUGGACUCUGUUAGCAGUGAAAUGUUUGCAGAAUGCCAGGAGCUGCUUCAAAUGUUUGGCUUACCGUAUAUUAUUUCACCGAUGGAAGCUGAAGCUCAAUGUGCAUAUAUGGAACUUGCAAACCUUGUUGAUGGCGUGGUUACUGAUGAUUCUGAUGCAUUCUUAUUUGGGGCACGGAGUGUUUACAAGAAUAUAUUUGAUGACCGCAAAUAUGUUGAAACAUACUUUAUGAAGGACAUUGAGAAUGAGCUUGGGUUAACCCGAGAAAAAUUAAUCCAUAUGGCACUUCUUCUUGGGAGUGAUUAUACUGAAGGUGUAAGUGGUAUCGGCAUUGUCAAUGCUAUUGAAGUUCUAAAUGCAUUUCCUGAGGAAGAUGGCCUCCAAAAAUUCCGGGAGUGGAUUGAAUCUCCAGAUCCAACCAUCCUUGGAAAAUUCAACAUGCAAGCAGGAUCAAGUUCGAGGAAGAGAGGGUCCAAAGUUAGCAACAUUGACACGAGUUACCCAAAUAGCAAUGCAGAAGGAGAUUCCACAGCUAACCAUAAUGCUUCGCAUUCCAUAGAUUCGGAUCAAAACACAAAGCAGAUCUUCAUGGAUAAACAUAGAAAUGUGAGCAAAAACUGGCAUAUUCCUUCUUCUUUUCCAAGUGAAGCAGUCAUUUCAGCAUAUGCUUCUCCACGAGUAGACAACUCAACAGAGCCUUUCUCAUGGGGAAAGCCAGAUCUUUUUGUUCUUCGCAAAUUGUGCUGGGAAAAGUUUGGUUGGGGUAGCCAGAAGGCUGAUGAGCUGCUACUUCCUGUUUUGAAGGAGUACAACAAACAUGAGACUCAACUGCGGUUGGAAGCAUUUUACACUUUCAACGAGAGAUUUGCAAAAAUUCGUAGUAAGAGGGUUAAAAAAGCUGUUAAAGGAAUAACAGGGAACAAAUCCUUGGAGUUAAUGGAUGACUUGGUGCAAGAAGUCUCCAAGAAUAGAAAGAAAAGAAGAGUAAGCCCCAGUGAAUCUGGUGAUGACAAAUCAGGGGAACAACUUAGUGCAACAGAGAAUGGUGUUGCUAGAGAUGAGAGCAACACCACUGAAAAAUUAACUGCAAAGCAGUCAAGAAAAAGGACCUGUGGGGAUUCUGUAUUAUCUGAAGCAGGGAUUCCAGAACCACCGAUGCGGACCAAAGGCAGGCAAAAAACCAGCAAAGGGUCAACUGCAACGGGAAGAGGCAGGGGAAAAGGCAGAGGUCAGGCUGUUGGAAGAGGGAGGGGGAAGAAAAACCCUGCUUCUGAAUACACUGAGACCAGCUCUAAUGAUGGUAACAAUAGUGACUGUGAGCAGGAACUGCAAGUUGAAAAGUUAGAGGGCUCACAUGAAAUACGAAGGUCAACACGGGUUCACAAGGUUGUGAAAUACAUUCCGGAUGAUUUAGAAAUUGAUGAUCUGGGUAAAUCAGACCAAAACGAUGAAAAUUGUUCUGAUGAAGAGGUAGUGCAAGAUGAGCCUUUUAGGGAUCAAGACUUAGUUGGAGAUGCUGCUGCUAGUUCCAGUGGAAAGAACCAACAUAAAGUUGGAGAUUCUUCACUUAAGGAGCGUUUGUGUGGGGAAUACCUUGAAAUGGGAAGUGAAGUUUGCAUGGACGAAGCUGAACCUGAAACUGAAACAGGUCAACUAGGUUCAGGUCAAGACGGUGACCUCUCUUUCGGUGUAGAAUUGUCUAAAGAAUACCUUAAAAUGGGCGGUGGAUUUUGCUUGGAUGAAGAUGAGGUAGAUGAGGACCCAGACAUAUGUGCUUCCUCCAGUGCAGCUGGGGCAUCUAUCAUUGAGAAUCCCAAUCCUUCUCAUCAACCUGGUUUCGUUGAAGAAGUUGAUCACAAUAUUGGUUCGGUUCAAUUGGUUUGGAGCCCAACAAAAGCUCUGGAUGGUCUUCAAAAUGGGAGGAAGAGAGAUGCAUCCGAUAGUGAGAAGAAUCUAGACCAUUCAAACGCCUCUACUAAUAACGAACAUCUUAAAGAAGAUACGUCACCUCAGGAAUUCACUAAAGAAGAUGUUUCUGGGAUGACACCUGUAAGAUUUUUAAGUGCCAUGCCUAGCCUGAGAAGGAAGAGGAGAAAAAGUUGAAAUUGUUCAAUUUUCGGAAAAACUUUUGGAGCUAGUUGAGAUGUGUGUGCAUUUGCUUUCAGUGUUCCUUUCACCCUACCACCAACCAAAAUUUUGGGCAAUGCCAUUAUGGUACAGGUAAGAAUGUAUUUAUAAACAAAACCAAGAUUGCUAAUCUCUAGUUUGAGAAAUAUCACAAUAGUUGUAAACUGCAUCUAGUACAUAACAGAAGUACUUCUGAGGAAACAGCAUAAAUAUUUGAAAUUGUUCACAGUAUUGAAUACCCCAGUAUUAUUAAGUGAAGAUCGGAUGGUUGAAAUUUGAAAUUACCACAAUUGGUGGGGGUUGCCUGAUGUAUUCAUCUUAACUAUUGGAUCACGCAUUUACUUGGGGACUGAAGUUGUGAUAUGAAUGUCAUGCUAGUACAAGUAUUGUACAAAUUGAACGAUUUGUUUUUCUUUUUGCAAGUUGUGGAAACACAGAGUUAGUACGUGAGGCCAAUUAGAAGUAAAAUAGUUUUUUAGGGUUCGUUAUUGUCAGAUAACAGAGUUUAUUAGUUUGUGGAGGUAUCUAUUGAUGUUGUUUUUGAUUGUUUUUUUGGGGAAGGGGUUAUAUGCAACAUUCCGUAUCUGCAGCAAUAGUAACAGUUGAGUGCAGAGAGUGGAGUUUGGCAUAUAUGGUUGGUUUUACUGGUCUCAAGUAGAGUUCUCCGAUUCUUUCUUGAAUAGGCCAUGAACAUUCCUAUAAUUAUUCAAUCAAAUGCAGGUACGUGAUUUAUUUUAUUUUA